UUACAAGGACAAAAGCUGAGUCAAACAGUCGAGUCAAGACUCGGGACUCGUCCGGAAAAGCUUCUCUGCGUCGCAGACCACCGAUCACAGAUCGUCUUCUUCUCAGAACAAUUAGGGUUUUGUUUCGCAGAAGAGAGAGAAAGGGGUUGGGGAAGAUGAGAUUGGUGUUGUGGUGUGCCCUACUUUUCUCGAUCAAUCUUUUGAACAGCCAAGUCUUCGCCGAUCAGAUAUUCUCAGCUGAUGCAGGUGGGACCUUUAGUCGCAGCUCUCGGGAACCAAAAUACACCAUUGAAUUUCACCAACAAGAUGCACCUUUUCAUCCUGAUGAUGACCAGGAGUCUGUGGUUAUGUCCAACAAAUUUGGAGAGAAGUUUUUAUGUUUCUUACCUAAAGUCAAGAAAUUGAAGAGUGGAAAACCAGUUUCUCAACAGAAUACAAGCAGCUUGAUUGUGGAAACUGAGAAACGGAUUAAAUUGAAGACACCAGACGAGUUACUUGAAGUGCUAAAGGACCAAUGCUUUAUCAGACAAGAAGGUUGGUGGACAUAUGAAUUUUGUUACAUGAACAAAUUGAGGCAACUUCAUUUGGAGGAUGAUAAGGCUAUAAAUCAUGCCACGGUGGUUCAAGAGUUUGUCUUGGGUGUUUAUGAUGCUGAGGCUACAGCAGCUUACAACCAGAACCUGUCUGACAUUUCAACGCUGAAAGAUCCUCGCUCAAAUGAUGCAUCGCAAAGAUAUCAUGCUCAUCAGUAUGGAAAUGGAACUCUCUGUGAUCUAACAAAUCAGCCUCGAGAAACUGAGGUGAGAUUUGUCUGCUCAGAACCCAGAGCUAUGAUUAGUUCUAUUACAGAGUUAUCCACGUGCAAGUAUGCACUCACAGUUCAAUGCCCAAUGCUUUGCAAACAUCCAUUGUUUCAAGAAGAGAGACCAGUGUCGCAUACCAUUGACUGUAACGUGCUCCCAAAAUAUCACAAAAAACCAAAAUCAGAGGAAGACAGUUUCCAAGAUGAGAAAAUUACUAUGGUUACAGACGUCGGACACUCAUCUGCUUUUGAUUUAGAAGAGCAUGCAACAUAAAUCUGAUGCCAUAUCUGGCUAGUUUUAGUUAAAAUCAGUUAUGUAAUAAUUAUAUUUUUUUUCUACAUCUAGAACUCAUGAUUCUUUAUAACUUCCUUUUUACAUGUUAUGGACCAAAAUUUGUAUCUAGUAAAGGAGAUCCCAAAAUUUGUGAUAUUUCAUGUAAGGGAGAAAUUAUUUUACUGCAGUCACAUAUUUAAGGGAUGCGCAUGACCUUCAACAAUA